UGAGUGACCCCAUAGAUAUAUAUGAGUGACCCAAUGACAUAUCUCUAGAGCUAGACCGCUCACUGGCCGCUGAGAGGCGGUAAAUAGGAGCUGACUUCCGGCUAUAUAUAUACGUAAUUGGAGUGACCGGGCAUGUGAUCGGGGGCCAAACUUUCAGAGACAUUCAGUAACAGCUAAGAAACCCCGUUUGUUUCAUCAUGAACACGGCUCUGAAACACUGGAAGGAGGCGGCCACUCUCAUUUUAGCCGCAGGACACCGGCUCGGCCCAGAUUCCUUAUCGUUACGGACACCACUGGCAGCCUCCGGUUGUUCCCCGCAGGUCAGCAGCGGUGGUCGGUCACACCUGCCGCACAGGUCCCGCUUCGAUUACGACAUUUUGCUGCUUAAAAGAAGCGGCAAAAGCGGGUUCAUGCCCAACGCCUAUGUGUUUCCUGGCGGCUUGUUGGACUCCUCGGACUUUUCGAGUGACUGGCUGGACAUUUUCAAAUCUUUCACUGAGUUCCCCAAUUUUGGUUUAAGAAGUGUCCGACAGCCAGCGGAGACCAGACCGCCCAUCUUUGCCACGGACCGGCUGAAGCUCGGCUCUCCUGUUCCGGGAGAGGUCGCCCUCCGGAUCUGCGCCUUGAGGGAGACGUUUGAGGAAUGCGGAGUGCUGCUGGCUGUGUCAAAAAUGGCGGAGAAAAGUGUGUUAAAAGGCUCAGAGAAUGCUUUCGCUACUCAACAACACAAUUUAAACCAUCUGGACAGCAGUGAGCUCAGUAAAUGGAGGGAUCUGGUGAACCAAAACCCCUCCAACUUCAUCAGGAUGUGCAGGGAGCUGGAGCUGGUGCCCAACAUCUGGGCUUUAUAUGAGUGGAGCAACUGGCUAACCCCCGUAGGAAGAUAUGGUACCAAGAGGUUUGACACGGCUUUCUUCAUCUGCUGCCUACAGGACAUCCCCCACACACUUGAAGAUGAAGAUGAAAUUGUGCGCUUUCAGUGGUCCACACCUGCAGAGGUGCUGCAGAGCUUCCAGGCACGAGAGUUGUGGAUCCCACCUCCACAGUUCUAUGAACUCAGCCGCAUAUGCUGCUACCCUUUGCUGAAUGACCUCCACAGUUUCGCCUUCCAACGAGCCACAGAGGGCUGUGAAAAGUGGAUGCCUGUUAUUGUCUUUGAGGAUGAGCACUCCAUAUCACUACUGCCAGGUGACCGACGUUACCCAUUGGACUCUUCAGAGGAGCCUGAGGUUGAUAAGAGCACCGACCCUCAGCAGAAGGAUCCUCAGGACAGUUCAGCACUGCACCAUAUGGUGAUGUCAGAUCCGUACACUACAACUAUACAGAUCACCAUCACACCCAAGUACAACCACCUGCUGCCUGUUGUCUUGACACCUACACAUGACUCAAAAAGUCAGCUUUGAUCUGCCUUACAUAUAUAUAGAUAUAUGUAUAAAGUAUAUGUACACAUAGAUCAGGCAUAACAUUAUGACCACCUUCCGAGUAUUGUGUUGGUCCCCUUUAUGAUGCUAAAACUCCUCUGACCAUGUGGGGCAGCACGGACUCAAGACCUCUGGAGAUGUUCUGUGACACCGUGAUGGUGAGAGUGAAUUCUGUGGGUCCUGUAGGUUGCAGGGUGGGUACUACCUAGAUCAGGCUUAUCCUGGUACAUCCCACAAUAAAAUCUGGAUCUGGGGAGUGUGGAGCACCUCGGGUACGUUGUGUUCCCUAGGCCACUCCUUAGCAGUUUUGCGGAGUGUCGAGGUGCAUUGUCCUGCUGAGGGUGACAACUGGCAUCAAGGACUGCUGGUGCCAUUAGGGAUGGGAGGUUAUUUGACCUGCAAUGUUGAGGUGGAUGGUACAUGUCAAACAUCCACAUGAAUGUCAGGACUCGAGGUUUCUCAGCAGAACUUUGCAUCAAAACAAUGAUCGAUGUUAUUCACUUCACCUCUCAGUGGUCAUGAUGUUGUGGCUGAUCAGUGUAUAUAGACCGAAAUACAGACAAGUUUACUUUAAUAUUUGUUUAAUUUACCAAUGUGACUUGCAUUUGUGUCAAACAGUUUUUUGAUUGAUCAGUUUUCUUGGGGGAAAUGCCCCUGGUCUGUCCUGAGACAUCUAUUCUAGCACUGAUUGGCUCGCUUGUUCUUUGUAACAAUCUUAUAAUUGACAAAUCUGAAGUGAUUACUGAUGGCCUUAUUGUACCCAGGACUUUAGUUUCUUCGGUAUUCAUAGGUACACAAAUAUUAAUUUCCAUAUGCAGUGCACACAAGGUAAGGUCACUUUAAGAGAGUCAUCAGACUUAAAGUGCUUCAGUCAAAAUUUAUUAUCACUGUAUAUAUGUAAACUGCUGUGUUUUAUUCAUUAUACAAAAUAGAUUGUUUUCAACAAAUACUGUAAAUCAAUGAAAUGUGACUUUUUGUUAUUGUAUAUUGUGUCAGAACUCUUCUCCUAAUUUCUAAUCAACACCCCUCAUCCCCCAUGGAAUGAAAUGCAACUUGAAAAUAAAUACACAUUAUUUUUAAAUGA